UUUUCUGUAUGUCUAUUAUUAUUUAUUAUUGUUUAAUGUUUGGACACUUGAUCGGUAAUCAGACAUUAAUAAUUUAUUUCAGUAUUCGUCAUUCUCUAUCGUUGUACGGUGUAGUAUCACAGACGCUCCUGUUCGUCGUUGAUGUUUUAAUACGCUAGAUUUGCAUUCGCUCACUGGAAUUUAAUAUUAUCGUUGCUGUUUUUACUUUCACUUUAUCGUUCUUCAUUGGAAGAGAUAGACAGACAGAAGAAAAUAAACAAAAAUAUAUUUCUAUGGUCAUCUAACACUGUUGCGUUGAACAAUUGAAUCUCCUGGCGUGCUGUGAAUACGUUCAGGUAUCAUGGCUGAAGCCCAUUCAGCAGUUGCAUUUUCAUUUUCAAUUACCCACGAAGGCUGGGAUGUUAAUUUUGAUCGUGAAGUGCUCCAUUUAGUUUGGGCAUCUGGAAUUCGUUCUUGGAAAAAACGUUUAGCCAGGUUUAAGAACAAUGUUCGCAAUGGAGUUUUUCCAGCUCCAUUACAAAGUCUUUGGGCUGUGAUGGGUAUUGUGCUUGCUCUUCGUUAUGCCAAUAAUAGUUUUGUUAAAUAUACAGACAUUAUAUUACAAUAUUUACCUGGGACAUCUUAUGUGUGGCAAAUAGUAUCUUGUUUUAUUUUAUCUUUAACUUUUUGGUUAAUAUUAAUUUACAUCAUAAGAUACACAUUUAAACUCAUGUUAAUGUAUAAAGGAUGGAUGUAUGAAAGCAGAGGAGGACAUAAAGUGUCUUUAAAAACCAAACUUUGGGGCCUAGGCAUAAAAUUACUUUCUUCAAAAAGUAAACCAUUACUUUACAGCUAUCAAGGUUCAUUGCCAAAACUUCCAUUGCCUCCAGUUAAUGAAACUAUGAAAAGAUAUUUAAAAAGUGUUCGUCCAUUAAUGAACGAUUCAGAAUAUGAAAGUAUGAUAAAGUUAGCUAAUGAAUUUGAAAAAGGUAUUGCAGUUAAGCUUCAGCGAUAUUUGUGGUUGAAAUCAUGGUGGUCUAGUAAUUAUGUAUCAGAUUGGUGGGAAGAAUAUGUGUAUCUAAGAAGUCGAACUCCUUUAAUAGUCAAUUCAAAUUUUUAUGGUAUUGAUGCUAUAAUGUUACAUUCAACAUCUAUUCAGGCUGCUCGUGCUGCCAUGAUAAUUUGGCAGUGUUUACAGUAUAGAAGAUUAAUUGAACGUCAAGAACUUGAACCGAUAAGAAUUCAAGGAUUAGUUCCUUUGUGUUCAUGGCAAUAUGAAAGGAUAUUUAAUACAACACGUGUUCCUGGUGCUGUAAGUGAUAAGAUUGUUCACUACAAUGAUAGUAGACAUAUUGUAGUGUAUCAUGCUGGGCGGUAUUUCAAAGUUAUUAUCUAUAGUCAAAAUCGUAUACUUCAUCCUUGUGAAAUUGAAGAACAAAUACAAUCAAUUCUCGAUAACACAGAAAAACCAUAUGCUGGAGAAGAAAAAGUAGCCGCUUUAACUGCUGCUGAUCGAACACAUUGGGCAAAUACUCGCACUCAAUAUUUUUUUAAGGGCAUAAACAGACAAAGCUUGGAUGCUAUUGAGAAAGCUGCUUUUGUAGUUACAUUAGAUGAGGUUCCUUAUGAGUAUGACCCUGAAAAUUCAAAAAAGUUGGAUGAAUUUGGAAGAAUAUUAAUGACUGGCAAAGGAUAUGACCGAUGGUUUGAUAAAUCAUUUACUUUAUGCAUUGGAUCAAAUGGAAGAGUGGGCUUCAAUGCUGAGCAUUCGUGGGCUGAUGCCGCGGUUAUGUCUCAUCUUUGGGAGUUCAUCAUUUUUGAUGAAGCAGAAAAAUCUGGAUAUCAAGAAAAUGGACACACUAAAGGUGCUCCUGAAUUAGAACCUCCAAAACCUAUAAGGCUUCAAUGGAAUUUAGAUCCAGUGUUAGAAGCUAUUGAAAAAUCAUAUCAAGUCUCAUUAGCAUUAGUAAAUGAUAUUGAUUUGCGUAUUUUGGCGUUCAAUGACUAUGGUAAGGGAUUCAUGAAAACUGCUAAAGUCAGUCCAGAUGCUUUUAUUCAGAUGGCACUUCAAUUGGCAUAUUAUAGAGAUGCUGGUAAAUUUAGUCUUACAUACGAAGCAUCAAUGACAAGAUUAUACAGGGAAGGUAGAACUGAAACUGUGAGACCCUGUACUUUAGAAUCUUCGACUUGGGUGAAAUCGAUGUUGGAUCCAAAUGUUGAUGUAAACAAACGUAUUAAUCUAUUGAGAGAAGCUUGUGCAACUCAUCAAAGAGGUUAUCAAGAUGCAAUGUGUGGAAAAGGAAUUGACAGACAUUUGUUUUGUUUAUAUGUGGUUUCAAAGUAUUUAGAAGUUGAAUCACCAUUCUUGAAUAAAGUAUUGAGUGAACCAUGGAGGUUGUCAACAUCACAAACACCACAUGGACAGACUACUCAGUUUGACUUAAGGAAAUAUCCUAAUUGCAUUUCUGCUGGAGGUGGAUUUGGUCCUGUAGCCAAUGAUGGAUAUGGUGUUAGUUAUAUAAUAGCUGGAGAAAAUUUGGUUUUCUUCCACAUCUCAAGCAAAAAAAGUUCUCCUCAUACUGAUUCUAAUAGGUUUGCUAUUCGUAUUACGGAGGCACUCAAUGACAUGAAAUCAUUGCACGAUGAUUGGAAUAGAAGUACAAAAAAUGCGAGCUCAUAAUAUGGCUAUUGACUACA